CUUACCCACAACCACAACUCAACGAAGAAACAAAGCAGAGGAAAAGAAACGAGAGAUGGAGAUCGAGAGAGUUGGAGAGGAAAUCAGAGCGUGAGGGAGAAGAAGAAGAGAGGGGGAGGGAUGGCGCCGCGGGGUUUGCUGCCGCGUCGCCACGUCCAGCUUGCCGUCACGCCUCACCACCGUCGCCGUCGUCGACAGGAGCGUCAGGAGAGAGAGAGAGAGAGGGAUGAACUCGCGAGGGAGAGAGAUGAGGUUGCGCUACGCACCCGUCAGAGCCAUCGUCGCGCCAGUCGCCGCCGCUUCCGAUGAUGGAGCCGUCGCCAAAGCCCGUGUCACCGUAGUUCUUGCCCCUGUCGCCGAUGAAGCUCAUCCGUUUCUGCUGCCCUGGUUCGCCGAGAGAGAAACUCGUGGAUGGAGGAAGGCCGACGGAGAGAAGAACGCCGUUGAUAGAGGGAAGACGCUGCUGUCAUGCUUCAUGGUCGCGGUGAUGGAGCCCGCAUCGCCGUCACCCAUGGCCGCCGCCCUUACCGCUGCUCUAUUUGGUUCUGUUUUGAGCUGCGCCGCCCUCUGGGUGGUCACUAACAACAGCUGCCAGAGCCACCAGCGCCACUGUUACUCCUCAAAUUCCGCCUCUCUUCCAUUAGGCACGGCCAUUUCGCUCCUCCUGUUUUUCUGCUGGAGCUAUCUUGAGUGUUGAUGAUUGUGCUGCUAUGGAAUUGCUAAAGUUGCUGCUGCCAUGGAUUAGAAAGAAAGGGGAUUGUCGCGUUUAAAUUCUGUGGUUUCGACUAACGGAGUUUUUGCAUUGUUGACGAGGAAAUCUUAGGUUCAUUUUAAAUUUUUGACCAUGGAACAUCAAGAUUUAGUGGAUAAGAAUGAAGAGAGCAUUCAAUCGAUCGAAAAGGUUAGCAAUGCUGAAGAUCAGGAUAAGAUGAAUGAGGUUGAAAGUGUGAAAUCUGAGUUGGUUAAUGUUGAUGAGAGCAAGGAUUUGCAAUCUGAAACUUGUUGUCUUUGGGUUAUUUCUGCAGACUGCUCAUAUUUGAUAACAUAGAGAAUGGAAGCUUAAAGGAGCAUCUCAAUGGUAAUUUUUGAAAGAAAUUAGAAGGAUGAGGUUGCAGAUUGCUAAUGAAGUUGUAGCAGCACUGGUAAGCUCUUUAAACAAAAGCUUGUCAAAGAACCAAAUUUGCCUAAUGUGUUUUGACAUGAAACUGCACUCUUCUUAUCAUAUUUUUCUAAUGCAAGUAAUUUGAGGACUAUGAAAAGUUAAUGUCCCAUUGAGUUCAUGAAUUGCUAUUGGAUGCGUGACAUCCCUGCUAAGCUGUAACUGUUUAGCAUUUUUCAUUCUUGGCAUUUAUGAUAAAAUAAAUAUUGGAAACUAUCGUACUUGGUUUCA